AUGCCGCCCAGGCGGCGCAGCUCAAGGAUCCCAGUCGCCGAUCUGAUAGAGCGCUCGAGGAGCUGCCCCUUCCCGAAGGUGGGGAGGUCCGAUCUCCGACAUACCCUUCGGCAAGGCCGAUUGGCGAUGGAGUGCACAGUGGCGGACGCCUUGGAUGCAUUCAGCCCCGUGUGGGAAAUUGUGAAUCCUGGUCUCCUCGUCGCCCCUCAAGGGAGCUCUGGCUUACCGUUCCUGGGCCACAUGUUGAGCUUUAUCAACGACAAGUACGCUUUUGUAGCUGAGCACGUGAAAAAAUACGGACCCAUCAGCAGGACCGUCCUUUUUGGAGGCCCGGCUGUCAUCGUUGUUGGCCACGACCUUCUAAACAAGAUCCUCAUAAAAGAGACAGGCCUUUUGCGCCAAGGAUACUUCAAGACCAUUUGUCAGCUCUUGGGACCCAACUCGAUGAAUGUGAUGGAUGGCGAAGAGCAUGUGAGAUUGAGGAAACUGAUGGGGCCGGCGUUCACAAAGGGUGGCGUUUACUCUUACAUACCCAAGAUCGUGCGACUGGCAGAGGAGCACUGCCAUGAAUGGGCGAAAAAAGGCUCAAUUGUGUUUACAGAUGAGGUGCGGGACUACGCUUUCAGUGUGGUGUCUGAAGCUGCCUUGGGAAUUGAGUUCCCUGUGGGAGGCUGGACCAAAGAAACUGUUCUCCGAAAUUUCCAGUUCUUUGCAUCUGGUAUUUUUACUCUUGGCGUGGACCUUCCUUUCACGAAAUUUGGCAGAGCCAUGGAGGCAAGGCGAUUCCUGCUUAAAGUGGUAGACAAGGCAGUUGAGAGAGUAAGAGGGGACCCUGACAUUGACAGCGGCUUGCGGGCAAUGUUAUCUGCCCGUGAUGACGACGGGAACGGCCUGAAAAAGGAGCAGCUGCAAGACACCGUCCUCGCAUUGCUAUUUGCUGGUUAUGACACAACAGCGUCCUCGGGAUCAUUGGCAAUGUUACAAUUGGCGCGCCACCCAGAAGUCUGGGAGAAGGUGAAGAAAGAGCAAGAGCAGAUUCUCGACCAUCAUGGACCCGAAAUAAGUGCUGCAGCUGUUGAAGCGAUGAGAUACACGGAGGCCGUCGUCAGGGAAGCAGCGCGAGUCCUUCCGCCCGCACUUGGCUCUGUCAAGGUCGCAACCAGGACCUUCGAACUGGGUGGCUACCGCAUUCCCAAAGGCUGGCAGGUGUACACCGCGACUGGCUUCACCGGCCAGCUGUUUGAUGAUCGGUGGCCCAUGGACGCUGAAUUCCGUCCCGAGCGGCUCUUGUCAGGCGCAGGUAUUGACCCGAGCCCCGACAUCGUGUUCGGAAUUGGACCCCACUCCUGUGCAGGAAGGCUCCUGUCCAUCCUGGAAAACAAGAUCCUGUUGGCCACAUUGGCGAGGGGCUACGACUUUGAGGUUCUCGACGCCUACCCUCGCAUCGUCAGUGACCCCCUUCCCCAGCCAGAGGACGGUCUUCCCAUCCUGGUGAAGAGACGAAGGGACCCAUCUGGUCGCUGA